AUGAAUUUCAUUGAGAGGCGGUUGCAUUAUCUCUUCGUAGUACCGUUAAGAAUUUACUUAAACUACAAUGACGAAUACCUUUUGGCGGGUGAUGUUCGAAGCCAAGUCAUCCGCAUUUUGAGUGGAGGAGAAUCGGUGCGAGAUGGCCCACUUAUCGUUUUGGACGGCAUAUCCAUCGAACUAAUUGUUGAUGAUUCCCGGCAAGAAUGGGUGCUUCAAGUGCCAAAUUCGAACCGGGAAUUAAGAAUUCUGAUGGGGGCUGCCGUCGAAGCGAUAUUUUGUUGGAUAGGUGAUGGAGUUGUUGAUUAUCACCGUCAAAUUGAUGAGAACAUCAAUAACUUCUUACACCAACAACAACAACAACAACAACAACAACAACAACAGCAGCAGCUGCAACAACAGCAUCAACAGCGAGUUAUUGCUGAUCAUCAAUUGAUCUUAAAGGGCUGUCAUGACCGUUGUUGUUGUCAUGAUAGGCAUCAACAACAACAACAACGGCGAGAAUCGCCAACACCGUCACUGGCUUCAACGCUGCUGGUGAGUGAUGAUGAUGAUGAUGAUGCAUCACCACCAUCACGACCGCCGUCACUGGCUUCAACGCUGCUGGUGAGUGAUGAUGAUGACGAUGCAUCACCACCAUCACGACCUUCGUCACCAGAGUCAUUACCGCCAUCACCUCUUCCACUGCAACCGCAAUCAUCAUCGUCAGCUCAAAGGUUUCGGUCCGAUGGAGAAAAUUCGUCAUCAUCAGAUGGAGAAUAA